GAUGUACGAAACCCGCUUAUGUUGAUGAAAACGGUCGUGAAUAUCCAAAUUGCGGACAAACCUGUGGCAAUGUCAUUAUUAAAAAUUCCAUGUCAUUCACAUCUACUGAAAUAUACGAUUUCAUUCCAUAUAUAAGAGUUCUUCCUGAAAAAGAUUUAAAAUAUAAUAAAAUUCAAAAAGAAUUUCUUAAAUCGAUGUUCCAUGUCAAAAUUGUAGCUAUUAUUCAUAUUAAACCAUUGCAAGAGCAGCGUAUACAAUGUUGGAAAUUGAAACAUGAGAUGAUAAAUUCUAUCAACCAAUCCCCUAAAAGAAUUAAACUUCGAUUAUAUUAUGGAACUCGUGCAAGUUGUGAUCCGAGAAAACUUUUAAAAUAUAAAAAGAUUUGUUCGGAUUCUAAAUGUGGAAUGUGUAGUAUCAUUAAAUACGGAACAAAGUAUAAACUUUUACGCCGUGGAAAAAUGAUUUUUACUCGUAGGCCAUCAAUUGCGGCAACUUUCGCAUAUAACCAAAAGCUCCCACGAGAACGUCCGGGUACUAUUUUUAUCAUUGAUGUUUUGACAACUAAUGAUACACCUUCUGAUGUUAUAAUCGUUGAACGAGAUGCGCCUGUGUGGACAAUUGGAUUAUAUAUGCUGCACAGUGACAAAAAUGCUAGAUUACCAAUUUCUGAACUAAAGGGACUCCAUGCCAUUACUAAGCUGCAAUUCCGUAAGAUUCAAGAAUCUCUUAAGGCAUCAAAAACUUCAUAA